AUGGCGUGCUACCCAAGAAUCCCAUACCCCAUUAAUUCGAAUGUCAACUCUCAAUUAAUAGGAUGGACUCGUGUGGGCAACCUUACCGCCGUUACUGCGAUCCUCGAUUCCCCAGAAGCAGUGGACCUGCCGAGGUCUGGUGAAACAGCGCUCCAUGAAGCCAUUAAGAGCAACCGGCCAGACUUCCUUCGUUAUCUGAUUCCGCGCGGGUUCGAUGUCAAUCAGAAGGGCAUUGAGCCGUAUGGUGAAGUUUGUCUGACUCCCUUACAUCUUGUCGCCGCAAGCAACUCUGCCGAGAUGGUGGAUAUUCUCCUCAACGCGGGAGCAGAUGCGACCCUGGAUGAUGUUUCAGCGGACGGAAUGCGUGGCGUUCUUGGGGAUAUGGAUAGCGAGCCGCAGACCCCAUUUAUGGCCGCAGCCUUCUGGGGCUCUCAUGCCAUUGGCAGCCGCGAAUGGCCUCUUGCCGUCACUGCUGCUGCACUUUAUCGUCAUCCGAAAACACUGGACGUUCUGCUCCAUAACUACCCCGCUCCUGGAGUACCACAAGAUAUCCUGGACCGCGAUUUGGCUGAUGCUGCUGAAAAUGAAGAGUAUGACCCUUACCAUGGGAUAAUACCGGCCCUACCAGAGGAAUCCUGGUCCAGGGGGAUCGAGACGUUCCGGCUUUUACUUGCCCGUGGAGCCCGCCCGAACGCACAGCCCCCUGUGUCCAUCUAUGCAUCUCCUUGGACUGAGCACAAACCGAUUAUCCACACAACCAUUGACACUUCAAUGGGCUUGGCUAUGGUUAAGAUGCUUGUUGACCACGACGUGGACCUUCCUGACGGCUCUGGCGGUGGAGCAGGGGGUAUUAGCCUAUUUGCUCGGGCGGUGCGCAAUGGUGACCCGGAUCUGAUCCGUUAUUUCUAUGAGCGUGAAGGCGCCAUAAUAGACAUGAACGAAGAGCUCCCCGAGACAAAUGACUCCCCUGGGGGUUCCCUGCUUCAUGCCGCAGCGGGGGGCGGUCGUUUAGCAACUGUGCAGUUCCUGCUGGAUCACGGAGCAGACCCCAGUAUGAUGAACACCAAAGGCUGGCUACCAGUCCACCAAGCCUGUCAUGGUCGCCAUCUAGAUAUCAUCAAACUCCUCUGGCCGUUCACCUGCCCGGCUGACGUCGCGGAUCUUACUAAUUAUCGAACGAAGGACGGCCAUAUCGCUUUUCACCUCACCAAUUGUUGGCUCAUUGAUGACGAGGAUCAAGAAGUCAAGGCACAUAGCACGCGCCUCCUUCACUUCUUUGUGGAAAAGGGCACUGACCUGAGCAGUCUUGAUCGCUAUGGAAAAAACAUGCUUCACUACACACUCCCACAAAAUGAAAACAUGUUCCCAUGGUUUCGCACCCUGAUGCAGGCGGGCGCGCAAGACCUGGUUGGACCUCGGUUUCUUUUGGCUCAGGGUGCUGACAAGGACAUCAAUUCACAGGAUAACAAGGGCCGCACUCCACUUUAUUACUACAUACAGACACACUAUUAUCAACCGGGAAACCAGCCAGCCACCUUUCAAAUCCGCGCGGUUGUUUUGGAUCUCUUGAUGGAGGCAGGUGCUGAUCCAGAUAUCCGUGCCGAUUCUGGCAAGUCUUCGAGGGAUCUCCUAAUUGAGAAGGGCUUUCCGUAUGAUUUUGAUAAAUGA